AUGGCAGAGUCCCCUCGGACAUGGCAGAGUCCCCUCGGACAUGGCAGAGUCCCCUCGGACAUGGCAGAGUCCCCUCGGACAUGGCAGAGUCCCCUCGGACACGGCAGAGUCCCCUCGGACACACUGCAGAGUCCCCUCGGACACGGCAGAGUCCCCUCGGUCACACGGCAGAGUCCCCUCGGUCACGGCAGAGUCCCCUCGGACACGGCAGAGUCCCCUCGGACACGGCAGAGUCCCCUCGGACACGGCAGAGUCCCCUCGGUCACACUGCAGAGUCCCCUCGGACACGGCAGAGUCCCCUCGGUCACACGGCAGAGUCCCCUCGGUCACGGCAGAGUCCCCUCGGUCACGGCAGAGUCCCCUCGGACACGGCAGAGUCCCCUCGGACACGGCAGAGUCCCCUCGGACACGGCAGAGUCCCCUCGGUCACACUGCAGAGUCCCCUCGGUCACACGGCAGAGUCCCCUCGGACACGGCAGAGUCCCCUCGGACACGGCAGAGUCCCCUCGGACACGGCAGAGUCCCCUCGGACACGGCAGAGUCCCCUCGGACACGGCAGAGUCCCCUCGGACACGGCAGAGUCCCCUCGGACACGGCAGAGUCCCCUCGGUCACACUGCAGAGUCCCCUCGGUCACACUGCAGAGUCCCCUCGGUCACACGGCAGAGUCCCCUCGGUCACACGGCAGAGUCCCCUCGGACACACUGCAGAGUCCCCUCGGACAUGGCAGAGUCCCCUCGGUCACGGCAGAGUCCCCUCGGACACACUGCAGAGUCCCCUCGGUCACACUGCAGAGUCCCCUCGGUCACACUGCAGAGUCCCCUCGGACACACUGCAGAGUCCCCUCGGACACACUGCAGAGUCCCCUCGGUCACACGGCAGAGUCCCCUCGGUCACACGGCAGAGUCCCCUCGGUCACACGGCAGAGUCCCCUCGGACAUGGCAGAGUCCCCUCGGUCACGGCAGAGUCCCCUCGGACACACUGCAGAGUCCCCUCGGACACACUGCAGAGUCCCCUCGGUCACACGGCAGAGUCCCCUCGGUCACACGGCAGAGUCCCCUCGGUCACACGGCAGAGUCCCCUCGGUCACACUGCAGAGUCCCCUCGGUCACACUGCAGAGUCCCCUCGGUCACACGGCAGAGUCCCCUCGGACACACUGCAGAGUCCCCUCGGUCACACUGCAGAGUCCCCUCGGACACACGGCAGAGUCCCCUCGGUCACACUGCAGAGUCCCCUCGGACAUGGCAGAGUCCCCUCGGACAUGGCAGAGUCCCCUCGGACAUGGCAGAGUCCCCUCGGACACACUGCAGAGUCCCCUCGGUCACACGGCAGAGUCCCCUCGGUCACACUGCAGAGUCCCCUCGGACAUGGCAGAGUCCCCUCGGACACACUGCAGAGUCCCCUCGGACACACUGCAGAGUCCCCUCGGUCACACGGCAGAGUCCCCUCGGUCACACGGCAGAGUCCCCUCGGACAUGGCAGAGUCCCCUCGGACACACUGCAGAGUCCCCUCGGACACACUGCAGAGUCCCCUCGGUCACACGGCAGAGUCCCCUCGGUCACACGGCAGAGUCCCCUCGGUCACACGGCAGAGUCCCCUCGGUCACACGGCAGAGUCCCCUCGGUCACACGGCAGAGUCCCCUCGGUCACACGGCAAGAGUCCCUCGGUCACACGGCAGAGUCCCCUCGGUCACACGGCAGAGUCCCCUCGGUCACACGGCAGAGUCCCCUCGGUCACACGGCAGAGUCCCCUCGGUCACACGGCAGAGUCCCCUCGGUCACACGGCAGAGUCCCCUCGGUCACACGGCAGAGUCCCCUCGGUCACACGGCAGAGUCCCCUCGGUCACACGGCAGAGUCCCCUCGGUCACACUGCAGAGUCCCCUCGGUCACACUGCAGAGUCCCCUCGGUCACACUGCAGAGUCCCCUCGGUCACACGGCAGAGUCCCCUCGGUCACACGGCAGAGUCCCCUCGGACAUGGCAGAGUCCCCUCGGACAUGGCAGAGUCCCCUCGGACACACGGCAGAGUCCCCUCGGACACACGGCAGAGUCCCCUCGGACACACGGCAGAGUCCCCUCGGACACACGGCAGAGUCCCCUCGGACACACGGCAGAGUCCCCUCGGACACACGGCAGAGUCCCCUCGGACACACGGCAGAGUCCCCUCGGUCACACUGCAGAGUCCCCUCGGUCACACGGCAGAGUCCCCUCGGACACACUGCAGAGUCCCCUCGGACACACGGCAGAGUCCCCUCGGACACACUGCAGAGUCCCCUCGGUCACACGGCAGAGUCCCCUCGGUCACACGGCAGAGUCCCCUCGGUCACACUGCAGAGUCCCCUCGGUCACACUGCAGAGUCCCCUCGGUCACACUGCAGAGUCCCCUCGGUCACACUGCAGAGUCCCCUCGGACACACUGCAGAGUCCCCUCGGUCACACGGCAGAGUCCCCUCGGUCACACGGCAGAGUCCCCUCGGACACACGGCAGAGUCCCCUCGGACACACGGCAGAGUCCCCUCGGACACACGGCAGAGUCCCCUCGGACACACGGCAGAGUCCCCUCGGUCACACUGCAGAGUCCCCUCGGACACACGGCAGAGUCCCCUCGGACAUGGCAGACUCUUCAUGCAGAUUGAUGCUCUUUAUCCAAAGAGGUUUGGUUCAUGGUCUGAAUACGCCAAGAAGUUCUGCAACGCUCACUACAGGUUCUUUGGCAGUCGGCGUCAGUGGGAUUGUCGAGGAGCUUCAAACUUAGACGUCCUUCAUGAUGAACUGAGUCAGAUCAUGAUCCGUCGCCUGAAGCAGGACGUCCUGCAGCAGCUGCCCCCGAAAGUCCGACAGAGGAUCUGCUUCGACCUGCCCCCGGAGGCAGCAAAGGUACACUGCCCCCACAGGCAGCAAAGGUACACUGCCCCCGGAGGCAGCACAGGUACACUGCCCCCGGAGGCAGCACAGGUACACUGCCCCCGGAGGCAGCACAGGUACACUGCCCCCGGAGGCAGCAAAGGUACACUGCCCCCGGAGGCAGCACAGGAGACUGCCGCUGGACAGGAGACUGCCGCUGGACAGGAGACUGCCGCUGGACAGGAGACUGCCGCUGGACAGGAGACUGCCGUUGGGGACGCAGAGCAGAGGCCUUGCCCCAAAACGAGGAACAUUGUUGGAGGCCCCGCGGAUGGUUUUAAUGGAUUUAUGGACUUGUUUUUAAGGAAACGUGGAGUGGUGCCCGCCGGAGAAAAUGUGGAGGUUGAAGCAGGUGGAUGGAUGGACUAUGGUUUUUAA